AUGUCUAAAACACGCGAGUUGAGUGAAGGAAAACGGGCUCAGAUUAUUGUGUUGCAUUCCGUAGGAUUAUCUCAAGUGCAAAUAGCAAAAAAAAUAAAAUGCUCCCGUUGCGCAGUUCAAACUACAAUAAAAAGAUAUAAUGAUACUAAACAGUUUAAAUCCAGAUCUGGAAGAGGAAGAAAACGAAAGACUACUGCCAGAGAAGAUCGAUAUUUAAAGCAAAAUGCUCUAAAAGAUCGUCGGCAAACGGCAAAAGAAUUAACUGCUGCGUUAAGAAGUGAUCAUGAAAUUAGUAUUUCCGCCAAAACUGUUAGUAGACGCCUCAAUGAAUUUGGGAUUAAAGCAAGAAAGGCCAGACAGAAACCAUGGCUCUCAGAGACAAACAGAAAGAAACGAUUAGCAUGGGCAAAAAAAUACAAAAGUUGGACAGCAUCAGACUGGGAUAAAAUAUUAUGGUCGGAUGAAAGCAACAUUCAGUUGUUUGGCACUCCUGGAGCCGUAUAUGUGCAUCGCAGAAUUGGAGAAGCAUAUAAUCCGAAGUGUAUCGUUCCUACCGUAAAACAUGGUGGAGAGGAGACAGAGCAAGUGAUAUUCCAACAAGAUGAUGCUCCCUGUCAUACUGCACGUAAGAGCAUUGCGUGGUUUAAGCGAAAUAAGAUUAAGCUGUUUGAAUGGCCACCACAGAGUCCAGAUCUCAAUCCAAUUGAGCAUCUAUGGGCUCAUUUGAAGAAACAUGUCCGCGCUCGCAAGUGCACUUCAAUUACUGAGCUCAAGAAAGCGAUUUUCGAAGAAUGGGAGAAAAUAUCACCUACUAUAUGCGAAAGAUUAGUACAUAGCUUACCUAAAAGAAUAGCAGAAGUCAUAAAAAAUAAUGGCGGACCAAGCAAAUAUUAG